AUGAGCAGUCCCCGAAUCACUACUCCGCGUCAAUAUGGCGGCUCUCACUUUGGCGCCACUGCAGGGGGGUCCGAUAUUCGCAUGCCUCGUUUCUUCAAGCGACUCUUCAAGUUUCCGCAGAUGGACUUCGAGAUGGCUGUGUGGGAGAUGACACAUCUGCUCAUUGCGCCGAAGAAGGUCUUCAAGUCCAUCUAUUACCACAAGCAGACGAGAAACACCUGGCACCGCCCUGAUCCGUCCUUCACCUACCUGUUAUCCUUUUUCCUCCUGCUCACAUCCUUCGCCUGGUCGCUCGCCUAUACGCCGUCCUUCGCUUCCGUCGUCAAGCUGGCCUUGAUGUUUGUCGUGAUUCACUUCCUGGCAGGAUCUCUCCUUGUAUCAACACUGGCAUAUUAUCUAGUUGGCCGACUUCUAGGUCCUGGAAUCGCCGGACUUCCCGGUCGCAGGCGCCAACAAGGGCUGUUCGGCCCUCCAGGAGGGUCAAGAAGAGCUGAGGUGCUGGAGUUCGGAUACUGCUUUGAUGUCUCGAUACGGGCGUUCUUCCCGCCAUACGUGCUGCUUUAUAUCGUCCAAUACAUCCUCAUGCCUAUCAUCAACCAUCAAAACCAUGCAUCAACCUUUUUCGCCAAUUUGCUUUACCUUGCCGCGGGAAUCUACUGGAGUUUAAUCACCUUUCUGGGAUACAAUGCACUGCAUUUCCUGCAUCACACACAGCUUUUACUCUCGCCCAUGUUGGCAUGGAUCGUGAUUUGGCUGGUGUGCACGAUUCUGAACGUCAAUCUCACGACUUUGGGGACGAAAUGGCUAUUUUUGGGCGUCAAGGGCUGA